CGGCCCCGGCCUCCGCCUCGGCCCUGCGCCCGCUUCUGCCCCGGCCCGCCGAGCCCGCGGGCAGCCGAGCCGCCAGCGACGCCCGCUGAGCCCCGUGUGCCCGGGCGGGGGGCCAUGCCGUGCCGGAGGGAAGAGGAAGAGGAAGCCGGCGAGGAAGCGGAGGGGGAGGAGGAGGAGGAGGAGGAAGACAGCUUCCUCCUGCUGGAGCAGUCGGUGACGCUGGGCGGCUCGGGCGAGGUGGACCGGCUGGUGGUCCAGAUCGGCGAGACGCUGCAGCUGGAGCCGGCGCACCACAGCCCGGCCUCCCCGUGCGCGCCCCCAGGGCCUCCGCUGCAGCCCCCGCGGCCCCUGGCCGCGCUGGCGGCGGACAAGGCCGUGGCCCCGGCGGUGCCGCCGCUGCUGCUGCUGCGUCCGGCGUCGGCCGAGGCGGGGGCCCCGGCGCCCCCUGGGGCCCUGCGCUGCGCUCUCGGGGACCGCGGCCGCGUGCGGGGCCGGGCGGCACCCUACUGCGUGGCGGAGCUCGCCGCAGGCCCCGGCGCGCUGUCCACUCUGCCCCCUCAGCCUGGCCUGGAUGGGCCUCCCGGAACUGGCAAGCAAGGAAUCCCGCAGCCGUUGUCUGGGCCGUGCCGGCGAGGUUGGUUCCGGAACGCUGCCUCGUCCCGCCGCCUACAACAGCGACGCGGGUCCCAGCCAGAAACCCGCACCGGGGACGACGACCCGCACCGGCUCCUGCAGCAGCUGGUGCUCUCAGGGAACCUCAUCAAGGAGGCUGUGCGCAGGCUUCAUUCGCGAGGGCUACAGUUACACGCAAAGCUUCCCCAACGCCCGCCCCUGGGGCCUCUGUCGGCCCCCGUUCAUGAGCCCCCUUCGCCCCAAAGCCCUCGUCCAGCCUGCAGUGACCCUGGGUGUCCGGGCGGAGGGCGCAGCUCAGAACUGGAGAUGGCAUGCUCGUCCCUGGCAGCUAACCACAGCCAGGGUGGCCCCGGCGCCAGCCUCUGACCGGAGGCCAGGAGCUUCUCUCGAGAGCUGCAACCCUGUUCGGGCCGUUGGAGAACUUGCGCGUUGGGAAGAAGCAAAAAUAAGCUUAACGAGGACGGAGAACCUAAAAAAGGAAAAAAAAAAUCGCGAAUAUGUUCACGUACAAGUAUGGUUGAGGGCCAGGAUCUGUUUGAAACCCAAGGACCCUGGGAAUCCUGCCUAAGACAAGCGCUUAGGGCACAGCACCCCAACCUCUCAGUCAGUAAGACUCCUUAUUUGGAGUGACCCAGCCUGGCCGCGCCGCGUGCGGCUCUGCGCAGACUCGCCCCGGGCCAGCCCGGCGACCACGUGGCCAAGUCCGGGCUUCUCAGAUCACCCACAUCAGGACGACGGAGGGUGGUCGCCGUUUAUUUGUUGGACCUUUUCAGGACCGGCUCCUGAUCUGAGUAGAGGCUCAUUUAGGGGAGCACCCCUAAAAAUGCCAGGCUUGAAUAUUUACCACACUUUA